AUGCAAUCUGGCGGCGAUUACGGCAACGGUUUCCACGGCGAGCUCGAAUGGGAAGAGAAGCAAGUCCCCGGCCUCACCUCUUUCGGCCGAGCUAAGAGGCGCAGCCGCGGCGGAGCUCGCGACCCUAAAGGCGGCCUCGCCAAUGUGCUUAGGGUUUCCGACCAGCCUGGCGAGCAAAAGUCACUGGAGACUUCGGAGUCUCCUCCGCCUUGUACGGACUUCGAUGUUGCCUAUUUUCAUUCCUAUGCUCACGUCGGGAUUCACGAAGAGAUGAUCAAGGAUCGGGCAAGGACGGAAACUUAUAGGGAAGCCAUAAUGCAGCAUCAGAGCUUAAUCCAAGGCAAGGUUGUGGUGGAUGUUGGCUGCGGGACAGGCAUUCUUUCAAUCUUCUGUGCUCAAGCGGGUGCAAAACGGGUAUACGCUGUAGAUGCAAGUGAUAUUGCAGUCCAGGCAAAGGAAGUUGUGAAAGCCAACGGUUUAUCUGACAAGGUCAUUGUUUUGCAUGGGAGAGUGGAGGAUGUUGAAAUCGACGAGGAGGUUGAUGUUAUUAUUUCUGAGUGGAUGGGUUACAUGCUCUUGUAUGAGAGUAUGCUUGGAAGUGUUAUUACAGCUAGAGAUCGCUGGUUGAAGCCUGGAGGUUUAAUUCUCCCAUCACAUGCAACAUUAUACAUGGCACCUAUUUCCCACCCUGACAGAUACAGUCACAGCAUUGAUUUUUGGCGCAAUGUCUAUGGAAUCGAUAUGUCUGCAAUGAUGCAAUUGGCUAAACAGUGUGCGUUUGAAGAACCUAGCGUAGAGUCCAUAUCAGGCGAAAACGUUCUAACAUGGCCAGAAGUGAUUAAACAUAUAGACUGCCAAACAAUAAAAAUCCAAGAGCUAGACUCCGUUACUGCAAGAUAUAAAUUCAAAUCAAUGAUGAGAGCUCCUAUGCAUGGUUUUGCAUUUUGGUUUGACGUUGAAUUCAGCGGACCGGCCUCUUCGCCUGCCAAGGACACUAGUGCAGCAAGUGUUGCUAGCGGUUCUUCAUCGGUGAGUCCUUCCGGAGAAGGAAAUCAGAAGAAGCGGAGUAAUCCGAGUGAUGCACUCGUGCUGUCCACCUCUCCUGAGGCUCCUCCAACGCAUUGGCAGCAAACGAUUGUAUAUUUCUAUGACCCAAUAGACGUAGAGCAAGAUCAAGUCAUUGAAGGCUCCGUGACACUUUCUCAAAGUAAAGAGAACCGGAGAUUCAUGAACAUCCACCUCGAAUACUCCUCGGCUGGCCGUUCCUUUGUUAAAGAGUCGGUGAUGCGUUAA